AUGGCGAAUCAUACCUCACAGUUCGCGGUCGUUCUAGAAGCGGGCACGUUCUUCUUGCCCUCCUCUACUUCGCCAAUUCUCCACGGGGAGGUGGGCGUCGCUGUCUGGGACAUCAUUCGCCUCGUCUUCACCUGGAAUAACAUCUGGAAACUGUCGACCUUUACACUCAUUCUGCUCAAUCUCAAAGCACUUCCGUUCAUUUAUCAUCUUCGGAUUCUCAAUGCCCUUCGCUUUGUCCUUCGCUCUCAGCGGCCCAACAAAGAAGUCGGCCCGGAACAACUUUUCCAACCGCUCAUCACAUCUUCUAAAGCGUGUCUGAUGGAAAUCGAUGUCUUCGGCCACAAAUCAAACAGCACAUAUUUUGCCGACGUCGACGUUGCGAGGGUUCAUCUCAUCACCACGUUGUUUGGCAGGGGCAUAGACAAGAUACGCGGAGGCACCACCAUGAAUGGACUCAGCGGAAAGCCCCGGAGCAACUUUACCGUGGCCUUGGGUGCAGUAUCCUGCUGUUUCAAAAGAGAGCUUCUCCCCUAUGAAACGUACGACAUGUGGACAAAGGUCCUUUCAUGGGACGAGAAAUGGUUCUACCUUGUCACCCAUUUUGUCAAGAAAGGCUCCAAAAUCCAACCUGGAAAGUCUUCCCUGUAUCCUCAACAAGACCGAGUGAUGGUGAAAAAAGAAGGCGUGAACGACAAAAUCCAUGCUUUGGAAGGGAAAUCGAAAGGACCCGCAAAAGAGACCACGAGUGCGGCUGCUCGAUCCCCGAUUGCGGCAUCAGCGCUGAGCAAAAUCGUCUUCAAAGAUGGAAGAGUUACAAUAUCACCCCUCAGAAUACUAGAAGCGUCCGGUUUACUACCUUCAUCUCACCCUGGGGGUGCAGAGGGCACAAUGGAACCCCAAAAUGCUCCAAAAUGGAAGCUCCUCAAAGAGAUCGAGGCGGAGAGGCUCCGUGGCCUGGACAUUGCAAAUCUCCUAGCCAAACAAACAGUGUUAGAGAAUGAAUUUGCGAGUGAUGUCGCGUUGGGGAGGCACUAUGACGGCGUUGGCAUCGAGGGAGUUGUGGCUACUCUUGGUCAACUCGGCAAGAUCUCACCGUAUCAACUCAUCUAG